CUCCAGGCCGGAAGUGUUCAGCCCGGCGCGCGCCCUCGCGUCGCCGGAGCCUGCAGGGAUCCCGGCGCCCUGCCGCGUGCCCGCGCUCGUUCUCCCGGGCCGGAGCUAGGAGGCGGUCGCGCGCGCGCGCUCUUCCAGCCGGUCCCGCCCCCGCCGCGCCUCUCCCGGGCUCUGCCGCCAUGUGCUCGUUAGCGCCGGGCGCUGUCGGUGGCCGGGCCGCCGAAGAGGAGGACGACGAGUUGCCAGAGCUGUCGGACAGUGGGGACGAGGCCGCCUGGGUGGACGAGGAGGAGACCGAGCUGCCCCACGACCAUGAGCGGCGGCAGACCCCCUGUCUGUUCUGCGACAGGUUAUUUACAUCUGCUGAAGAGACAUUCUCACACUGUAAAUCAGAGCAUCAAUUUUAUAUUGAUAGCAUGGUCCAUAAACAUGGACUUGAAUUUUAUGGAUAUAUUAAACUAAUAAAUUUUAUUAGACUUAAGAAUCCUACAGUUGAGUACAUGAAUUCUAUAUAUAACCCAGUGCCUUGGGAGAAAGAAGAGUAUUUAAAGCCGGUGUUAGAAGAUGACCUGUUACUUCAGUUUGAUGUAGAAGAUCUUUAUGAACCAGUGUCAGUCCCAUUCUCAUACCCCAAUGGGCUCAGUGAAAGUACUUCUGUUGUGGAAAAGCUGAAACAUAUGGAAGCUCGGGCACUGUCUGCUGAAGCUGCAUUGGCCAGAGCACGUGAGGACCUACAGAGAAUGAAACAAUUUGCUCAAGACUUUGUGAUGAACACAGAUGUCAGAACCUGCUCAUCAUCUACCGCCAUUGCAGACCUCCAGGAAGAUGAAGAUGGCGUUUAUUUCAGCUCAUACGGGCAUUAUGGGAUACAUGAAGAGAUGCUAAAGGACAAAGUACGAACAGAAAGCUACAGAGAUUUCAUAUACCAAAAUCCACAUAUCUUCAAAGACAAGGUAGUUUUGGAUGUUGGGUGUGGAACUGGAAUUCUCUCUCUGUUUGCUGCUAAAGCUGGGGCGAAGAAAGUUCUUGGCGUUGAUCAAUCUGAAAUACUUUACCAGGCAAUGGAUAUCAUAAGACUAAAUAAACUUGAAGAUACUAUUGUACUAAUUAAAGGAAAGAUCGAAGAAGUUCAUCUUCCUGUAGAAAAAGUGGAUGUUAUUAUAUCUGAAUGGAUGGGAUAUUUUCUUCUUUUUGAGUCUAUGUUAGAUUCUGUCCUUCAUGCAAAGAACAAAUACUUGAUAAAAGGAGGAUCAGUCUACCCUGACAUUUGCACCAUCAGCCUUGUAGCAGUGAGUGAUGUGAAUAAACACGCUGAUAGAAUUGAUUUCUGGGACAACGUCUAUGGCUUCAACAUGUCCUGCAUGAAGAAAGCAGUUAUUCCAGAAGCAGUGGUGGAGGUUAUAGAUCCAGAGACUCUUAUUUCAGAGCCUUGUGAUAUUAAGCGUAUAGAUUGCCAUACAACAUCUAUUUCAGAUUUGGAGUUUUCUUCAGAUUUUUCCCUAAAAAUCACAAAGACAUCCAUGUGCACGGCAAUUGCUGGCUAUUUUGAUAUAUAUUUUGAGAAGAAUUGCCUCAAGAGGGUUGUGUUCUCUACGGGACCCCAGAGUACCAAAACACACUGGAAACAGACAGUAUUUCUACUAGAAAAGCCGUUUUCAGUAAAAGCAGGUGAAUCCUUGAAAGGGAAAAUCAUAGUUCACAAGAAUAAGAAAGAUCCUCGCUCUCUCAUUGUGACACUCACCUUGAAUAAUUCAUCGCAGACUUACAGUCUCCAGUGAGACAGCCACGAUCGUACAGCGUCGUCACAGCUCUUCAUGCGGGGUGGGGAAGUGGGGCAGGCUUCCCUGGAGCCUGUGGACGGUGGGCCCUGGCCUGAUCCCCUUAGCCGGAGAAGCACAGGGGAGGGGAGAUCUGCUGGCCUAUGCUGGGGACGGCCCUGGACCCUCCCCGCCUCAGCAGCUUUUUCAGGCGGCUGUGCAGCUGGGUCACGCCCCUGCAGCCUCUGCUGUGCGUGGCCACCUUGAUAAUCAUGUUCCUUAACCACCCAGAGCGGUGGCUGUCUUCUUGUUUUUAGUAAAUUUCUUACAAAUUUUAAGCAGUAGUAAUUGAUUAGUUUUAAAACAUUUUUGGUAAAUUAGUGACACAGGAAGUGCAUUCUGUUGAACAUUUCCUCUCCAGAGGAAUAGCACUUGGUUAUAUUCACUGGUGUAUCAAGAUGUUACCAGUUAGGGCACACAGAUAAGGGGCUGCAAGCAGGGCUGGUGUUCACCACCUGCAGGUCCCAUCUCGUAGGUCUUCCCUCUCUGAAUAGUCUCUAGCCAUAGGCUUCUAGUAUCACCCAGGAGCCAAUCUCAGUGUAUUCCUGCUACAUUUGAUACACGUUUUUAAAGACCAGAAUAAAUGUGCACUUGUUUACUAGUGUGUUAUGUUUUUGAAACUGGAUUUAUGUGCAGAGGUUAAACAUACAAUAUACUUGUAUCACUCUA